AAAACUAAAACUUACGAAAUUUUUUUCAAGUUAAUUUUUUGCAAGUGCUUCUGACGAAAAAAACAAGAAAAACAAACAAACAAAAACACCAAAAAAAAAAAAAAAACACCUUCACCAGAGAAGCAGAGAACAACAUGGAUUAUUUAUAAUGAAGAAGCCCAAGCAAAGGUUGACUUGAGCUUCAGCUCAGGAUACAAACAACAACAAAAAAUACAAAAAUAUCUCAAAAAUUGUAUCACAUUUUUUUUUUUCGUUUGUUUUUUUGUUGCGCUAUUUGUGCACAACACAGUGGGCGGGGCAAGGAUCAAACAUACACACACAAUUGGAUUAGUGUUUUGUUUAUUCGGGAACCCUUUGAAGACCACCUCCCCACUCGACCCCACUGGCGCGUUUCGUCGCGUCACGCGUUCCGUUGCGUCGUUCGUGUUUAAUCGCUCGUUUAUCGGUCGCCGAUCGUUAAUCGUGUAUCCGUUAAUCGCCAAUCGCCGCCACCACCACCAUGCCGAAGAUCUUCCUGAUUAAGAACCGCCUGCAUCAGCAGCAACAGCGUCUGCUCGAAUCACAGAACCUGCUGCAGCACAAGAGCCAGGACGAUGACCGAUGCCUGGUGCCACCGCUCAGCCCACAUGGCUCUGGCACACCGCACUCGCCCUCGCCAUCGCCAUCGCCCGCCCAUCCCCAUCCAGAGCCGCAGGGUCAGUGUCAAACGUCAUCGCCAUUCCAGCAGCAGGAUGACCAACUGCCGCUGAGUCUGACGCGUAAACGCUUCCACCAUCGCCGUCACUACUUCGGACAGUCGCGUCACAGUCUCCUCAUAGACCAUGGACUCAAUCUCAAUCCCAAUCUCAAUCAAAAUCAAAAUCAAAAUCAAAACUCUACGGAAUUGGAUGUCGAUCACAAUGCAGCAGCAGCAAGCGAGGUUCAAAAUGAAAAAUUAGGUUGCUUGAGGCCGGCAGAAUUGUUGCAGCGCCUAAGCUGCACCACCACCAACCAAACCACCACCAGCAGCAGCAUAGCCACAACCACACCCACACCUACGCCCACACCAACACCCACGCCCCCCGCAUUAGCCACAAAAGACUGCGACGAGAAUUCUCCAAUAAAAACAGCAACAACAACAACUAAAACAACAGCAAGCAGCAGCAGCAUACCAAAGCAGCCGACGCCGCAGUCGACAGCGGCAGAGAGGAGCAGCAGCAGUAGCAGCAGCGAAGUAGAUGUAGAUGUAGAAGAAGAGCCAGAUAGGAAAGCGCACAAAGAAGAUGAGCAAUUAAAGUGCCCAUCAGUAGUGUUGGCCGAAGAAGAAGAGGAGGAGGAGGAGGAAGACGGCGACGUUGACGUCGGAAUUGAGGCUCCCCGCCCGCGCUUCUACAACACGGGCAUCGUCCUCACCCAGGCCCAACGAAAGGAGUACCCCAAGGAACACCAGCAGCAGGAGCAACCGCAGCCGAUCCUCGUCAGAGCCAGAAAAGAAAAGGAACACGACUCGGAUGUGGACUCCGACACAGACUCCGAUGACGGUUGCAAGUUGAUUGUGGAUGAGAAGCCUCUGCUGCCCGUUGACAAGCCGCUGUCGCUGCGUAUGCGCAGCACCCCGCCCCCGGCAGAGGAGCGUCCCAGUCCACCGCCCCCAAGGGAACCGACGCCCGCUGUCCGCUGCAGCGUAAUCCAGCGCGCACCACAGACCACUGCAGCAGCAGUAGCUACAGCAGGACACGCUGCCUCCCCGCAUCACCAUUAUCAGAAUCAGCAUCAGCAUCCGGAGCAUCAGACGCCCCAAAGGAGCGUUCUAUUGCCCCUCAGUGCCCACGAUCUCGACCAACUGGGACCGGAGCAGCAGGAGCCCAUUGAUUAUCACGUGCCGAAGCGGCAAAGCCCCAGCUACGACAGCGACGAGGAGCUGAACGCCCGCCGCCUAGAGAGAGCGCGACAGGUGCGCGAGGCCCGCAGGCGAAACACGAUAUUGGCAGCCCGCGUACUGCUGGCCCAGUCGCAGCGCCUUAAUCCGCGCCUGGUGCGUAGCCUGCCCGGCAUUUUGGCUGCAGCCGCCGGUCACGGCCGUAGCAGCAGCAGCUCUGGUGCAGCCGGACAGGGCUUUCAGUCGUCGGGCUUUGGCAGCGGCAGCAGCUCGUCCGGCUCGGGCAGCGGACAGAACGCCAGCGGUGGUGCCGGUUCGCCGGGAGGUGGCUUUGGGGGUGCCCUAGGCGGCAGCGGAGCUGGAGGCGGUGGCAUGGGCGGUGGCCGAGACGGACGAGGCAACUACGGUCCCAACUCUCCCCCCACCGGGGCCCUGCCACCAUUCUACGAGAGCCUGAAGAGUGGCCAACAGAGCACGGCCAGCAAUAAUACGGGCGGCAGUCAGACAUCCGCUGGACACGGAGCAGGCUCCCACGCAGCCUUCAACGGCAAUCCCAACUUUCUUUCCAUUCAAAACGCUGCCGCGGCGGCGUACAUCAUGUCAGCGGGAGCAGGAGUCGGGGGAGGUGGAGGAGGAGUAGGCGGAGGUGGUGGCUACAUCAAUUGCGGAUCAAACGGAGCAGGAGGAGGAGGUGGUAAUGGCAAUGCCAAUGGAAAUUCAAAUGGAGGUGGAGGUGGAGGUACGGUUGGCGGUGGUGGAGCAGCAUCAUCGGCUGGUAUCGAUGGUAAUAACCUUUUGAACUUCGCGAGUGGCCUGGCCAGUAAUCCUAACUAUAACGAAUCCAAUUCCAAAUUCCAUAAUCCAAACUCAACGAUGGGUCAUCCUUUUUACGGUGGCAAUCCUUCAGCGUACGGCAUCAUACUCAAGGACGAGCCGGACAUCGAGUACGACGAGGCAAAGAUCGAUAUAGGCACCUUUGCGCAGAACAUCAUCCAGGCGACAAUGGGCAGCUCCGGGCAGUUCAAUGCCAGCGCCUACGAGGACGCCAUCAUGUCGGAUCUCGCCAGUUCGCAGUGCCCCAACGGCACUGUGGAUCCACUGCAGUUUACGGCCACGCUGAUGCUCAGCUCCCAGACGGACCAUCUGCUGGAGCAGCUCUCGGAUGCCGUCGAUCUGAGCUCGUUCCUGCAGCGAAGCUGUGUGGACGACGAGGGCUCCACCAGUCCGCGGCAGGACUUUGAGCUCGGUUCGACGCCCUCCCUGACGCCCGACUCGGUGUCGGUGACGCCCGUGGAGCAUCACCAUCAUCAUCACCACAGCAACCAUCAGAGUGCGAGCACAGCAUCCCAGUUGGAUGCCCUGCACGAGAAUCUGCUCACACAGUUGACCCACAAUAUGACACGCAAUGGCGUUAACUCCCAGCAGCAGCAGCAACAGCAACAGCAGCAGCAUGUGCAACAGCAGCAGCAGCACCUGCAGCAGCAGCAACAGCACGUGCAGCAACAACAUGUCCAGCAGCACGUGCAACAUGUGCAGCAGCCGCCGCCUUCGUACCAGCAUGCCACCAGAGGCCUGCAGAUGAUGCAACAACAGCAGCAGUCGCAGCACAGCAGCUACCAGCAGCAGUCGGCUUUAAUGUCACAGCAGCAGCAGCAACAGUUGCUCAGCCAGCAGCAGCAACAGUCGCACCACUCGCACCACCAGCAGCAGCAGCAGCAUCAUGCCGCCGCCUACCAGCAGCACAAUCUGUAUGCUGCCCAACAGCAGCAGCCACACCACCAGCAGCAACAGCAGCAUCACUCGCACCACCAAUUCCAACAGCAACAGCAGCAGUCUCACCACUCGCACCAUUUGCACCACCACGACAACAGCAACAUGUCGCUGCCAUCGCCCACGGCCGCUGCUGCCGCUGCGGCUGCUGCUGCUGCAGCAGCCGUACAUUUGGCGCGUCCCAUGAGCAGCAGCAGCAGCUCCGGUACGAACAGCAGCAGCAGCAACAGCAGCAUGGAUGCAAAUGCAGCGGCAGCGGCUGCCGCCGCCCUGCUCGACACGAAGCCACUCAUUCAAAGCUUGGGCCUGCCGCCGGAUCUACAGCUGGAGUUUGUGAAUGGCGGGCAUGGCAUCAAGAAUCCACUGGCUGUGGAGAAUGCCCAUGGUGGCCAUCACCGGAUACGCAACAUCGAUUGCAUUGAUGAUCUCAGCAAGCACGGCCACCACUCCCAGCAGCAACAGCAGCAGCAAUCAUCCCCCCAGCAGCAGCAGCAGCAGACGCUCCAGCAACAACAACAACAACAGCAGCAACAUCAGCAGCAGCAAUCCCUCCAGCAGCAACAUCAGCAGCAGCAGCAGCACCAGCAUCAUAGCAGUGCCAGCAGCAAUGCCAGUAGCCAUGGCUCCGCUGAUGCCCUCUGCAUGGGUGGAUCCGGAUCGGCCAGCCAGGCCGGUGAUGAUUCUGGGGUCAAUGGCAAGUUCGUUUGCCGCGUUUGCAUGAAAACGUUCUCGCUGCAGAGGCUGCUCAAUCGGCAUAUGAAGUGCCACUCGGACAUCAAGCGGUACCUGUGCACGUUCUGUGGCAAGGGAUUCAACGAUACCUUCGAUCUGAAGCGGCACACGCGCACCCACACGGGCGUCCGGCCGUACAAGUGCAAUCUGUGCGAGAAGAGCUUCACACAGCGCUGCUCGCUCGAGUCACACUGCCAGAAGGUGCACAGUGUCCAGCAUCAGUAUGCGUAUAAAGAGCGUCGCGCCAAGAUGUACGUAUGCGAGGAGUGCGGCCACACGACCUGCGAGCCAGAGGUGCACUAUCUGCAUCUGAAGGAUUUGCAUCCAUUCUCGCCGGCGCUUCUCAAGUUCUACGAUAAGCGGCAUUUCAAGUUUACCAAUUCGCAGUUUGCCAACAAUCUGCUCGGACAGCUGCCAAUGCCUGUCCACAAUUGAGUUGUGGAUUGUCAGUAGUUAGAUCCUAAGAUCCUCCCCCACCAUGUGACUUUGAAGUUUUCUGAAAACUGCCCCCAUGCCCCACCAGAACACCAGCCCCAUACCUACCGCCCAUUGCUAUAGCUAUCGGAGCGUAGAAGGGAUGGUAGAUCUUUGGAGAUUAUAAAUUGCACUACACAAUUUUUGUAUAUUCUUUUGCGUAGAUUUAGAUUUAGAUUUAGUCGAUAGUCGAUGAUGAAUCCCAACAACACUUUGCUGUGCAAAAAAUCGCUCUCACUUUUUAACACUCUUAAACAUUUGUUUAACAAUUUUCGUUUUUAGUUAAUGAUGGAAUUCCACCUUUCG